ACAUUUAAGCACUUGUGUUUGCACUCAAUCACCAAAAUACUUAGAAAUGGCCCAAGGGCACAUUUCCCUUUCACCCUCGCUGGUGUCUAGGCAUGGGCGUCGCCUAUGAGACGGCCAAGAGUGGCGUCGGUGUUGCCUCCAUGGGCGUCAUGUGCCUCAAGCUUGUCAUGAAGUCCAUCAUCCUCGUUGUCAUGGCCAGAGUCCUUGGCAUCUAUGAUCUCAUCAUCGCCGCCAUCAUCUCUGCCGGGAUCAACCCCAAGGCCAAGCCCUACUUCUUAGACGGCUACACACACCUCUCCUUCGAACUCACAUGCAGCCUUGCUGGCCUUGCUGCCGGCAUGGCCAUCAGCAUCGUCAGAGACACCAGAGUUAGGUAUUGUACUACUCUGAUUGCAGUGUGUAUGCUUGAACAUAUAUGAAUAAGCAAAGCUGCAACAUUUUUUCAUCAGAAAAUAAGCAAGCCAAACUGAUCUAGAAUACACUGUUUUUGAUAAAUUAAGCAGCAACAAAGAAGUCUAUGUGCCCCUUCUUCAAUAGCAAGGUAUUGUUGUGCAUUGGGUUAGAUGAUAUGUUUAUGUGAUCGUUACAGUGUUGGGUCUUGAGGUUAUGGCUAAAUAGUCAAUCAUCAAAAUGGCAGUUACCUCACAACUUUGUAAGAAAAACAGGUUAUGUGAUCUUAGGUAACUUCUGAAAUUUUGUUGCUUAGUGUAGCAGAUUACCAGGGUUACCUUACCUUUUUGCCCUUUUAAACUGAUACUAAUAAUGUAUCAUUCAAUGCAGGUAAUUUCAAGCUUUUGGAGGAUCAUGCUUUUCUUCUAGAUUUUAUCUUCAGUUGUCCUUGUAAGGGUUGUGUCAAUGGUAGUGGUGAAUUAUCUAGAAGCAACAAAGCAGCAGUCAGCAGAUUUAAAUUGCCAGAUAUAGAGUUAGGCUUAGUUUUAGUUAAAAUAUUAGUGGUGAAUUAUCUAGGCAUACAUCCAGUCCACACCCUCAACCUACCGAGUUAGGCUCAGUUUUAGUUAAACAGCGUCUCGGUUGCUUGUGCCUACUGAUGGCUUUUCUUAAAAUUAUAUCAACGACAUCUUAGGUUUUGGAAGGUGGUGCAGUUGUCAUGACUCUUAGAGAUCAUAGUAUUCCUUCUAAUGGGGAUAUCAAUGAAAGUAAAGUUUCUUAUUUGUUAUUAUUAUAUUCUUGUUGGUGCAGCCUGAAAAUGAAAAGCCAAUUACUGAAAGCGGAGAUGAAAUCUCUUAUGAAAGAGCAAAGGCAAAAAGUCCAAUAUCUUUAUUAUCGGGACUACGAAGGAGAUCAAUUGACUGCAUCUAAACUGUGAGAUGUGUGCAAGAUUGGGUUUGUUGUAUUUGGAGUUCCUCAUAGAAAAAUCAUACAUAUGCUCUAGAGUUCCUCAUAGAUUUGGUGCUCGCGAUCUGCCAUGGAUUUGAUUUAAGAUUUGGGAGAUCGGUCGUGUUCGCGCUGCGAGAUUCGAUUUUUUAUGCAUGUUUUAUUCACGAGAUUGCAAGAACGGGACUGCUAGGCAAGAUGAGUAUACCUGAAAUUUAGGUCUAGAAAUUCACUGCUAUCAGUCUCAGAAUAGGCUAGGUUGAACUUAUACAUGAGAUAUCCACAGGUCCAGGUGCAUUGUUUGAAUUUGAUUAGAAGUGUGUAAUGUUAGUUCUUAUAAAAAAGCAACUCAAAAAGGGCCAAAGUUUGGAUGUACCUUCUGGGUUAUUGACGCAGAUAUCUUUAUCACUAUAUGUGCUUGGUUUGCUCAGUGGCACAUUUAAUCUAGAGAAUUUCAGUCUCCCUCUAUAAAAUGGUGGAGCAGAAUGACUUCUAAAUCUACUACACUUGGAAGUUUUGGGUCUCUGAUUUAGUCCAGAGUUGUGUUGAUUCAACAAAUCUUGAAUAAACAGGUUGCCAUUUGCCAUAUUCAAAGAAGGAACAUUCAAAUGACAACCAUUAUCACCUGCUGUCUCAGGAGAAAUAUUGACUGACAACCUCAUGUCAACAUUUUCAGGAUAAUGCAUUUGCUUAUACCCUAACUUGUAAUCAAUACUGGCAACAUUGUCAUCUAGGCGGCAUGAAUUAGUGAUCCUUCCAGAGAAACAGACUAUGCAAAACAAAUGUCAUAUUAAUAAUCUAGAAACAGCUUCGAGAUGGGUUUUAUCUAUUGAUGAGGAACCUGUUAAGAAAUGUUUGAUUCGCCUGUA